UAUGGCUACCAUGGAGUGCGAGCUAGAACUUUAAUAUUUGUAUUAUUGCUUAAAUGUAACGUUCUGCUUUACUAUCUGUUACACAGCCUCGUCUAAAUAUCGUGUUUGUGUUGUAUGCAUGGCUAAUACGUAGACAGAGGAGUCCUUUUGGUGCGUUUUGUGUUAAUAAAGUAUUGCUCGAAAUUUCAGCUUGCUUCGUGAGGUGCUCGAAUUCGUCGGGAUCGAAAGCUUACGAACGAAACCUGCGUUCGGUUUUUCGUCAUUUGUGGAUAUUUUUUGCUUCAUUUUCCCGAAUGUGGCGAGGGAUCGGUUCCUGUCAUCGCCUCGCGGGAGCUGAGAUAGCGGUCAGUAUGGCUUGUUUUCGCUCGAGCCUCGCUGAAUGAGGGAUGUAACCCGCAAGGAUUUGGCGAUGUGGGAUGAAGCGGAAUAAAGAAAAGUGAUCCGUUCAAACCGAAGGAAAGCAGCCGCUUUCUGCCUAUGGAUUACGCGUCGUUCAUUUUUGGGAUCUAAAAGUGGAUUUUACCGGAUACGUAUACAGUAUCGCUGAAGAUAUUGCUUUGUCACGUUGGCUUAUUUUCCUGAGGGAUAGUGGUCUAUUCCUCCCCAACCCCCCAGCGCCACAAACACUAAACAAAAGUACUGUAUGUCACGUAUAUGACGGUUCUUGUCAUGAAGGAAAUAAAUAAAAAUUGCUAGGGUCAAAGAGAAUGUCAUCAGAGGAGAAAAGUCUGGAGCCCUCUGACAAAGGACCCUCGCCACCCCCUAGCAGCUCUGGGGCCACUCCCACUGGAAGUCCAGCCCCCACAGAUAAGCGGCCCCGUGGCCGCCCUCGUAAGGACGUACUGUCCACGACACCACCACUUCCUUCUGUGCCCAGACAGAGAAAGAAGAACCGUGGACGAGGGAAAGCUCUGGUGGAGGAUGAAGACAGCACAGAUGGAAUGGAGACCGCAGAAACAGGAAGCACACAGGAAACAGUCACUAAAGAGCAGCCGGAGGAGAUGGAGGACACCGCUGCUGUGGCAGUUACAGCAGGAGGGGAGGAAGAGGAGCUGUCGUCAUCGCCUCUUCCUGGGAGCUGUGAGACUGGGGCGGCACAAACAUCAUCAGCCUUUGGAGAAGCUAAAAGCAGCGAGCAGCUCUGUGCCUUCUGUUACUGUGGUGGUCGAAGCUUACUGGGGCAGGGGGAUCUGAAGCCAUUCAGGGUCACGCCCGAAUGCGACCCUCCACUUCACCGACAAUCCUCAGCAGAGGAGGGCCAUGAACAUGAUGAAAAGAGCGGGGCUGCCAGCCAAUCAGGGAGGCGCAGGGGCCCAGAGAGUGUCGUGGCUGAGGACUGGGACGAGCUCCAUCGUGUUGGUCUACCUGACAGCAUUGACGUCCGAUCUCUCUUUGAUGAGUCGGGUCAGUGCUGGGCCCAUGAAAGUUGCGUGUUGUGGUCGAAUUGUGUAUGUCAAGCGGAGGAUCAAUCACUGCUAAAUGUGGACAAAGCCAUCCACUCAGGGAGCACAGAGCAUUGUGCAUAUUGUAAGCGCCUUGGAGCAUCCAUCAAGUGCUGUGAGGAGGGGUGUGAUCGCUCGUACCAUUACCCCUGCGCGGGGGCCGCUGGCACCUUUCAGGACUUCAGGAGGCGUUCUGUCCUGUGCACGGAGCACAUUCACCUGGCCGUCAGCAAAUAUGAAGAGGAAGCAAAUUGUAUAUUGUGUGACAGCCCCGGGGAUCUCCUGGACCAGUUCUUUUGCACCAGCUGUGGGUUGCACUACCACGGCAUGUGUCUGGACAUUAGCGUCACUCCUCUGAAGAGGGCAGGCUGGCAGUGCCCAGAGUGUAAAGUCUGCCAGACAUGCAAGGAGCCGGGAGAAGAUACUAAGAUGCUUGUGUGUGAUAUGUGCGACAAAGGCUAUCACACCUUCUGCCUGCAGCCGGCUAUGGAUUCUAUUCCCACCAACGGCUGGAGGUGCAAGAACUGCCGGGUGUGUGAGCAGUGUGGCACACGGAGCAGCGAACAAUGGCACCACAACAGCCUGCUGUGCCAAAACUGCAUGGAUCGACAGGAUACCAGCCUCACAUGCUCGUGUCCUGGUGACGUAGAUCCCGACAUCAAUAAAGACACCAUUUCUUGUCGUCACUGCAAAAGGUGGUUUCACCCAGAGUGUGAGCAACCAGUGGAAGGCCACACACAUGCCCAGCCCAAAGAAGAUCAGUUAUGUCCCAUCUGUAGAAACGCAGAAUCUGAAUCAGCUUCUGCAGGCUCGGCUGCUGUAGCAGCAGUCCAGGAGGACAUUAAAUCGCAGAAGGACGUUGAAGAAGAUGCACAGCUGGUUGCGUCAAAUGAAGAUCCAGAACCUGCCAAAGUGGAAGACGCAGAAUCUCUCCAGCUUGACAGUGAGAUGCCGAGUACGGAGGUGGGAACGGCUGAAGAACAAGUGACUGAAAUUGGUCUGGGGAGUAGUGCUGAUUUAGCCGAGACGGAAUCCUGCGAGACCUCACAUCACAGCACAGAAAAUGAAAAACCUUCAGUCACGUCUCCUCAGGAGACAAAACUUCCAGAGGAAUUAGAGUCACGUCAGCAGAAACAGGAUUCCGCUUCAGAGACGUCCACAGUCCAACAGCUCAUGACAUCCACCGAAACGGAGAAGCCUCCAGAGAUGUCAACUAAACUCUCUGAAAACACCUCCCAGCAUGUGGUUGACAGCAAGUCUUGCCAGGAGGAGCAAAAAACCAACCAAUCACCCACCAAAGAGCCAACUCCAGCCUUAGCUUCCCAUGAGGAAGAACCCAUGGAGGUUUCCUUCACAGAAGAAGCUUCUACAGAGGCGCAUGGAGUUUUUAUGGAACCUGAGGUUAGUGCUGCUGAGACUUCAGCUGUGGUUCAAAAAGACGUGGCAGAAAAGAUGGACACUGUGGUGCAGAACAUGAUUCAUGAGAGCCACAUAGCAGAGAUGGACAUCAGUGGUGAUGAACGAAGUUUGGCUAAGCUGAGCUCGCUGGUGGAGGAGAGGACGUCUUUGAAACUAUCCCCAUGCAGGCAACCUGAGGGUUUGUCCUUAAUUGGUCCGGUGGUGCCCCGACCCCAGCCACUGCCUCAAGUCCAUGCUGGUCCAAGAGAAGCCAUCAGCAAUGUGCCUUCAUCCACCUUUAUACCACUCACUCCAAAAAUUGGCAUGGGGAAGCCAGCCAUCUCCAAGAGGAAGUUCUCACCAGGAAGGCCCAGAGUAAAGCAGGGAGCAUGGAGCGCAUCCCACAGACCGAGCUCCCCUUCAUGGUCCCUUGACCCGACUGAGGGCUGGGACGGGCCAAAGAGCAGGCAGCCCCACAGCACGGCCGCCUGGAUGAUCCGUGUGGGACGAAGUUCUGGCUUUCCUGGCAGGAGACGGCCUAGGGGUUCUGGCGUCACAGGCAGGGGAGGGCGUGGCCGUGCCAGAAUGAAAAAUGGAGUCCCUCCAGUCCCAACACCAGGGGUAAACAAUAUGGAAACAAUGUACACAUUUAGGGAAGAGGAUGAAAACGCCAUGCACAGUACCGUGGUUAUUUUCUCCAGUUCAGACACGUUCACAUUGAAACAGGACAUGUGUGUGGUUUGUGGGAGUUUUGGACAGGGUGUUGAGGGUCGACUCCUGGCCUGUGCUCAGUGUGGACAGUGUUACCACCCCUACUGUGUUAACAUUAAGAUUACUAAGGUGGUAUUGAGUAAAGGCUGGCGGUGUCUGGAGUGCACCGUAUGUGAGGCGUGUGGUCAGGCCAGCGACCCCGGACGCCUGCUGCUCUGUGACGAUUGUGACAUCAGCUACCACACGUACUGCCUGGACCCACCCCUGCAAAAUGUGCCCAAUGGGAGCUGGAAAUGCAAAUGGUGUGUGUCCUGUACCCAGUGUGGCGCCACGUCUGCCGGUCUGAGGUGCGAGUGGCAGAAUAAUUACACUCAGUGUGCCCCCUGCGCCAGCCUGGCAUCAUGCCCGCUGUGCCAGCAGGACUACAGCGAGGGGGAGUUCAUCCUGCAGUGCAGGCAGUGUGACAGGUGGAUGCAUGCCUCGUGUCUCGGUUUCCACUCAGAGGAAGAAGUAGAGAAGAUUGCAGACAGCAGCUUUGACUGCAGUCUUUGUCAAGGCCACACCCCUCUCUCUCCUGCCCCUGUAACGCCGGCCAAAUCUAUUGUGGACCUGAUGGAGGUUGGUCUGAUGCCACAGAGAAUCCCAAAAGCAAGAGAUCUCGGCACAGACCUCUCAAGGACAUAUACCCAGGACGGUGUUUGUCUCACGGAGUCGGGUUUGUCUCAACUUCAGAGUCUCGCCAACGCAGCCUCUCGGCGGAGACGAUCGAAACCCAAACUCAAGCUGAAGAUCAUCAACCAAAACAGUGUGGCCGUGCUGCAGACGCCUCCAGACCCUCAGGCUGAAGCCUCCAGAGAUGGAGACCUUGAGGAUAUCAAAACAGCAGAAGGAGAGAUGGUUGAUGGGGAAGUAAAAUCAGAUUCCAGUCCUGAAAGAGAAGCCACAGCAGAAGACGACUCAAAAGACACAGAUCCAAGCAAGAAGAGGAAAAGGAAACCCUACCGUCCUGGAAUUGGAGGAUUCAUGGUCCGACAGAGGAACCGAAUGGGCCCUGGCAGAACCAAACCGGGUCUGGCAAGAAAGGACUCCACUGGCUCUGAGAACCUGCAAGGCAAAGACGAAAGCUGGGGCGACCAAGCGCCUGACACCCCAGUUGAUGAUAAACAUCUCUUGUCUGAUUUUCCUGACAAUCCUGAAGUUAAAAUCCGAAAGCGCUACAGGAAAAAGAAGACCAAACUGGAGGAGGCCUUUCCCACCUACCUACAGGAGGCCUUUUUUGGGAAAGACCUGUUGGACAAGAGCAAACAGAGUCGACAGGAAACCACACGGCUGCUAGAGGAUGAGCGAGACAGGAAGCAGUUCAUGGCCAAUCAGAUGAAGUUUUUGUCAAACUCUUCGAUUGGUGCUUCAGCUGUGCCCAUGCCCAGUAAAGCAGUAACUGCACAGAACUCUGCGAAACCUCUGGUAGAGAUGUCUGAAGAGCUGAAAUCAGACACAGAGCUGCUGGGAAUGUUUUCUGAUAAUAUUUGCAAGCAGACAGAAGAGUCGGGUAUUGAUUUUUGCCCUUUCCAAGUUGACUACUCUCCUUCAUCAUUUGGUCUGGAUGUUGCACCUUUAACAGAAGAGGCAUCCGGCUCAUCUCAGAUUCAUCUAAGCCGUUCUCAUCUGCGUCAGGUAUCAGAAGAGCCACUGGACGGCAUCCUGAGCCCUGAGCUGGACAAGAUGGUCACAGAUGAAUCAAUACUCAGCAGACUCUACAAAAUGCCAGAACUUGGCGGAAAGGAUGUGGAGGAUCUCUUCACAGCUGUCCUGAGCCCCAGUGCCAGCCAACCUCAGAUGCCUCAACAGAUUCAUGGAGCUCAAACCCUGCAUGGACAUCCAGGCCCUGGUUUACACCUUUCCCAACCCAACUCAGGAAUGGCUUCACGGAUACCCAUGAUGAAUGGUCUGAUGGAACCCAAACAGGAGUUUUCACAGUCUCAAAUUUGUCCUGGAUCGGGGCCUGAUAUGGCUCGAAAUAUUCCCUCCAUGCAGCGCAUGCCUUUCCCAGACAAUCUAAGAGACAGGAAGUUUAAUCUGAUGGCACAGGAGACGGCAGGUCCAUGGUCUGCUACAGGUUCAUCUUCAGCCUCUGCUCCUGCAGCCUCAUCCGAGGUGGAGGGAGACUCACUUUCAACCGCACAGAAGAGCACUCUAAAGUGGGAAAAAGAAGAAACACUAGGAGAACUUGCCACUGUCGCACCCGUGUUGUACACUAAUGUCAACUUCCCGAACCUUAAAGAGGAAUAUCCAGAUUGGUCAACACGUGUGAAGCAAAUUGCUAAACUGUGGAGAAAAGCAAGUUCACAGGACAGAGCUCCAUAUGUGCAAAAGGCCAGAGAUAACAGGGCAGCCCUACGUAUUAACAAAGUGCAGAUGUCCAAUGAGACCAUUAAGCGCCAACAGCCUCAGUCUCAGCCGCAGCCUUUAGAAGUGUUUGAUCCUGCUAUACCACCACUGGAUCCUGAAUUACUGUUCAAAGACCCACUGAAGCCCAAGGAAUCAGAGCAUGAACAAGAAUGGAAGUUUAGACAGCAAAUGAGACAGAAAAGUAAGCAGCAGGCUAAGAUUGAAGCUACACAGAAACUUGAACAAGUAAAGAAUGAACAGCUUAAUCAGCAGCAACAACAGCACCCAUCCUUCAACCAAUCUGAGCAUGACUCCUCUGGUGACUUGAGAAGUCCGGUCUCUGUACAGUCUAACAAUGGGAACAUGUCUCCCCAUCAGCCCAAUUCAAAGAAUGGGGCUUCAAAUGCACAGAUUCCUGGCACGCCCACAUCAUGUUCCCCAGAUGACGUCUUUUUGCGUCCUCAUCCUCCACCUCCUUCUUCAGGAUCUCAACCACAGUCUCCUCAAAUGUUCUCUCCAAGCUCCUCUGGCUCUAGGCCAUCUUCACCCUGGGAUCCCUACACCAAAAUGGUGGGCACUCCUAGACCUCCACCUUCUGGGCAGGGAACUCCACGUCGUAACUCAGAAUCAGGGAAAUCUCCCAGGGGUCUUUCAGAGCCCAUUGGUUCACCAACAGCCAUAUGUAGUGACCCAUAUGCCAAGCCCCCAGACACCCCAAGACCAGCAGGAAAUACAGACCCUUUUGUGAAGCCCAUGUGCCCUCCCAGAGCAAGUCAGACAUUAGAAGGUAGGCAUCUUAUUGGCUCCCCAGGUCAUGAUCCAUUCUCUAGGGUGUCUGUGAGAAAGGAAGCCUAUCAGAGAAUGCCUCAGGGCAGGAUGAUACUUUCCGACCCUUAUGCUCGUCCCUUACUCACUCCUAUUCCAGGCAGUAAUGAAUCGGGGUCUGUCCAGGUUUUUAAAACCCCUAUGCCACCCCCUCAGGCUCAGGAACAAUAUGCAGGUAUGCAGGCACGGAGAGGAAUGGCCGAUCCUUUUGAAAGACCCAUAAUGCCCCCUCGAUCCUCUGACGGAUUCUCACAAAAUCAACAGAAUGACCCAUAUGCACAGCCUCCACUAACUCCUCGUCCUGCAGUAAGUGAAGGCUAUGCAAAUCAAAGGGUCUUACGGCAGCCCCAGACUCUUCCAUUUUCUCAGCCAGGGGUAAUGAUUCGACAGCCUUCCUGUAACCCAUAUGCUCGUGCACCCCCUACACCUAGGCCAGACUAUUCUCAAUGUGAUCCCUUUGGACAACAACCUGCAACACCAAGACCUUCAAUUGACCCUUUUGGCCAGUCUUCAUUUUCUAACCCUUAUGCUAGAAUGCCUGGCACACCUAGACCACAUGACCCUGAACCCUACUCUCAGCAGCCUGCAACUCGCCAUCCAGUCAUGAUGAACCAACCAUCCCAACAAACUCAACAGCAGACUCAAAAUCGCAUAAUGUCUCCGAUGUCAAUGGAUCCUUAUGCGCACCCCCAUGGGGCACCACGCUUAGGAAUGCCAGACAGGUUUCCCAAGUCUCCAAGUCACCAAAGGAACCCUGAUCCUUUUAGUCAACCUGCAGGACUGCCACGUUCAGUAGGACCCGAUCUUAAUGCACAAUUAAUAGGAAGAUCGCAGUCAUUACUCAAUAAUUCAACUGUAAAUCCAUCACGAACACCACACCCCCUGGGUGCUGGACAGGCCCUGGGACCUGGGCCCAUACCCAAUCAUGACCCAUUCUCUUCUCCUCAAGUCUUGAUGCAAGACUCUUUUGCCAGUCCAACAAAACAUGGACCUCAAUCUUUCAAACAUCUGGGUAUGGCGGAUGAUACUAUCCCUCAGCAACUAUCCAAUCUGCCUAAUCAGACUCCUAUUCAUGACCCCUUUGAGCAGACCCCAAUGGUUCCACAUCCUCAGUGUGGAGACAAUAAAGAGCAACAAGGUUUGGCACAAAGUAUCAAUUCCCAGGCUAUGGGACAACCCAGCACUGAAGCUCAAUCAGUACCUCUUGCUGAAGCUGAGGAAAGACUUAGACAGCGUCAGCGGAUUCGAGAGCUGCUUCUCCGACAGCAGCAACAAAAAAGUGCCAUACGUCAAGAGAAGGUUGUACAGGAUCAUUCUAUGUCCAUGCCUCCAGGAACCCCUCAGCACUGGAGCCAGGAUGCUACAAGCCAGCAGGGUGAAAUUUUUAAUCGACCACCACCACCAUAUCCUGGUCCAGGAGCUGUAAGAGGUCCCCAGAGAUUCCAUGGGCCAUACCCAGGAGAUCAACAGGGGCAUUUUCCUGAAGGCCAGUUUCCCAGACCACAGUUUCCUGGGGAUAACUCCGUUAUAAGGCAGCUUGGACCGAGGAUGGCCAUCACUCCUGGUGUCCAAGGAUCUCUGGGAGCUCCAAGAUCUCAUCAAAUGCAAGACUCAAUAAUGGAAGCUCAUCCACAGAUGAGAAGGUCCAUAUCCAUGGACCUGGGAAGAUCAGUAGUAGGCGGUUCUAUAGGAACUCCACAAUUGCCUCCUCGUGGAAUGCAUGUACAACAGCAUAACAUAAUGGGGCAGCCUUUUAUAGAGCUAAGACACAGAGCGCCAGAUAACAGGCUGCGGUUUCCAUUUGGACAUCCUAUGAUGCAGGGAAAUCGAAUGGAAUCGCUAUCACAACAACGACCCACAGGUUUUAUGGGUGGGCAGGAAAUGGGAUUCCCUUUCAAUCAGCUUCCAAUGGAAGCAGCAAUGAAUCAGUCUCAGGUAGCUGUUACACAGAUGCAGGGGUCUUUAAGCAUGGGAAAUUUACAUCAGUCCAAUGUUCCAUUAAGACCUGGACAUCCACAGAUCCCUCUCACAAGGUCUAUAAGCCAACCUGCUUCUAAUGAGACUCUUAGUGCUCCCUUGCUCACAAAUGUUGCUGCUACAUCUGCUGGACAAAAUGAUGAUGUACCUUUAUCCACAAAUGAAGUGCAUGAGGAGAAAUUAGAUACUGAUGAAUCCGCUGUGAAGGACCUUGAAGAUGUUGAAGUGAAGGACCUUGUUGAUGCAGAUUUAGAGAACCUAAAUCUUGACCCAGAUGAUGGAAAGGACUUGGAUCUUGAAACGAAUGACCUGCAUCUAGAUGACUUUUUAACCUCUGGCAAAUUUGAUAUAAUAGCUUAUGCUGAUGCUGAUUUAGAUCUUAGCGAGGACUUGGACCUCAGUGAUCCUAUGGAAGACCACGCUGAAAUGUCAGAUGGCCAAAAGGCAGAAACCGAGAAAAAGACUGAAAGUUUUGGUGACACACCCUCCUCAUCCUCUUCUGCAUCAACAAUGAAGGACAAUGUAGGCACAACUGCUCAGUCUCAAGACCAAACCAAUCAAGAAGUUUCUCAGGAUCCGGAAUUGGUUUCCUUUAAAACUGAGGAGGACAAUGAAAAUGGGAUCAAGGAUUGUAUGUCCCAAGGCACUUCUUGCAAGGAUCAAAAACCCGAAAGUGCCAGUUUACAGGUUGCAAAGACUGGAAGUCACCCUGAUGCUACUCCAGUACUUUCAAGUUUAUUGGUUAAUGUUCCACCAGAUGGUGAAUCAAUGAAGCAAGAACACUGUGGACAGUCCGUGACACAAAGCAACCCUCCAAAUCAGGAGGCUACAAUGCCACUCAGUACCAAUCUUCUGGGCCAAGGAAACUUCUCAGCGCAGAGGAUGGAGUCUGGCCUCAGUUUAGACCAAUCAUUAGUGUCUUCUCAUGGAGAAACUUCAUUAGAAGUCCCAGGUUCUAUUCAGGAACAACCACAAAGCCAUAUUUUUGAUAUGGAUCAAAAGGAUGCUCUACUCUCAGGGGAUCAGCACAGUAUUCUUACUCAGCAGCUAAUGCUGUCUCAGCAAGGCCAUCAAAACAGACCACUGCUUUUGGAGGAGCAGCCUCUUCUUUUACAAGAUCUCCUGGAUCAGGAGAGACAAGAGCAACAGCAGCAGAAAGAAAUGCAGGCUAUGAUCAGGCAGCGGUCAAGUGACUCAUUCUUCCCAAACAUAGAUUUUGAUGCCAUCACUGACCCAAUCAUGAAGGCAAAGAUGGUUGCAUUAAAAGGCAUCAAUAAAAUGAUGGUUCAGAACAACAUGGGAAUGACCCCAAUGGUCAUGAACAGUGUCCAAACUGGGCAGGGAACAUCAGGCCCUGACGGCGCCGUAACUCCAGUGCAGGUGUCUGGACAGGAGAGCAGAGUGGCUCCCCACAUGGCACGACCCAAUCCUCCAAAUUAUGGAACAGGAUUUGGCCAUGACACCCAGAAGGUGCAGUAUGAGGAUUGGCUCAGGGAAACUCAGCAGCUGCUUCAGAUGCAGCAGAAGUUCCUGGAAGAGCAGAUCGGGGCCCACAGGAAGUCAAAGAAGGCCCUGUCAGCCAAACAGAGGACUGCCAAGAAAGCAGGACGCGAGUUCCCUGAAGAGGAUGCAGAGCAGCUGAAGCAUUUGACAGAGCAGCAGGGAGUGGUGCAGAAACAGCUGGAGCAGAUCCGCAAACAACAGAAAGAGCAUGCCGAGCUUAUAGAGGAAUAUAGGGUCAAACAACAGCAGCAGGGUGUCAUGCAGCCCCCAAUGAUGCCUGGAAUGCCACCAAUGCAGCCUCAUGCUAGCAUAAUGCCAGUUGCACCCCCUAUGAACCAACCUAUGAUGAAUCCGAUGAUGCCCAUUCGGCUCCACCCUGGUCAGACAGAUGCAUCUAAUGUACCCAACGCAGCAGACUGGCACCCCGGAGCUCCUGUUCCUAGUGUAGUACCUCAAAUGCCAGGAGUAAUGCCCUCUCAAGUAGUCCAGACACAGCCUGCGCAGCCAGUAGUGGCUAGACCCAGUCAGGGGCAGAUGGGUGAUGAGUCACCUCAUGUUAAUUUUGAUGAUACCAACCCAUUUAGCGAAGGCUUUCAGGAGCGUGAGCGUAAGGAGAGACUACGAGAGCAGCAGGAGAGGCAAAGGGUACAGCUCAUGAAAGAGGUGGAAAGGCAGCGUGCAAAGCAUUGCAUGGAGAUGGAGCAACAGCAAGUCCCUAACUGCCAAGAUGGUAACAUGAGGGCCCUUUCCCAAAUGCCUUUUUAUAACCAGGAGCUACCACAGGACUUCAUGCAGCCACCCAGGAUGCAGCAGAUGCAAGGGCAAGCAUUUCCACAGCAACAGGGCAUUCAGCCAAGAUUUGGUGGAGGGCCGUCCAGACCCAUGUUGGGUAAUGGCCCUUUCCAUCAGGAAAUGGGGCCUGGAUUUGUUUCGGAGAGCUUUGCACCGCAUGGGCCUAACUUUAUCCAAACACAACCUCCUAGACCACAAAGGUAUCCCGGGCCAAAUAUGAUGCACCAAGGGCAUCCGUUUUCAAUGGAAGGGCCUACGCCGUUGCCUCCUAAUUUUCCGGGUUCUGGUCCCUCGCUGAUUCAGCUGUACUCCAACAUCAUUCCAGAGGAGAAGGGUAAGAAGAAAAAGAACCGCAAGAAGAAGAAAGACGACGAUUGUGAGUCACUGAGAGCGCCCUCGACACCUCACUCGGAUCUCACAGCCCCUUUGACACCCUGUGUAUCAGACACAUCAUCCACACCUACAAGAAACCCAACAGUCUUUGGCGAGCAUGAGCUCUGUGAAACGUCCCAGCCCGGGUCAUCCACCCCAGGCUCUAUGUGCAGCCAGCCACACUCCGAACUGGAGCGGCAGCUUUCAGAAGGCAGCUGCGGUGGAGGGGCUGAGAUGGGCCAUCAAGAAAUGCAUGACAGGAUUCUCUCCAACAUUAAAUUGGAGAAGGUGGAGGCAAGUGACUGCCAUGGACAUAGGGGAAUGGAGAUGGAUGUAGGACUGGGAAUGGUGAAGGUGGAAGGAGACAGGGAAGGAUUGUUUCCUCAUUCUGCAAGCAAAAGCCCAGCAAACAGCUCAAAAGGUGAAGCUGGGAAUGAACUCCUUAAACAUCUAUUGAAGAAUAAGAGAACUCCACCUCAUGUAUUACCCCAUCAAAGGUCUGAAGACAGCCUGAGGUCAGAGGAGGAGGGAUUCGCCGACAGCAAAGCAUUGCUGCGGCAGAGCUCAAUGGACAGCACCGGGACAUUUUCUGAUUCAAACCACCCUGAUUUUCCUGGACAGUUACUUUCGGAGGACAAGAAAAAGCAGAGGAAUAAGAGGGUCCCCAAGAGUGGAGAGAGACCAGGCCCUCGCUGUAAAAAGAGGAAAAAAGAAGAGGAUGAGAGUCAAUUGUAUUGCUCCACUGAGCCAGUAAUGACCCAGUUAAAACAGCAGCUUUCUCUCUUGCCCCUAAUGGAGCCUCUGGUGCGGGUGAACUUUGCCCAGUUUGUGCCCUACGGAGGCGGUCAGCUGGACGGAGAGAGCCGUCUCUCGGGCACAUUUGGGAGUGCUUCGUUGGAUGGCGUUUCAGACUAUUACUCCCAACUGAUUUUCAAGCAGAACAAUCUGAGUAAUCCCCCAACGCCCCCGGCUUCCCUGCCUCCGACCCCUCCUCCGGUGGUACGUCAGAAACUGCUCAAUGGUUUUGCCACAACAGAAGAGCUUGCCAGCAAAGGUGGCGUCAUCGCUGGACAUGAUGUUACCAAAGGACUGCUUUCUAGACCUCUGCAGUUUAAAGCUGAGGAGGAACUGCUGGCCCGAGCUUUGGCUCAAGGGCCCAAAACUGUGAAUGUGCCAGCCUCUCUUCCCACCCCACCACACAACAACCAGGAAGAGCUCAGGGGCCAAGAGCACUGUGAGGACAGGGACACCCCAGACAGCUUUGUCCCGUCAUCUUCACCAGAAAGCGUUGUUGGCAUGGAGAUCAGUCGUUAUCCUGAUUUGUCAUUGGUCAAAGAAGAACCUCCUUCUCCGGCCUUGUCUCCUGUAAUCCCAAUGUUUCCCCUAUUUAGGGGCAAAGGUUCAGAGGUAAGGUUACGAGAGGUCAAGACAGAGCCUUCAUCUAUGUUCUUUGGCUCUUCGUACGGAUCAGUGCAGAAUGGUUCCAAUACUGGCCUGGUGUCUAUUGCCAUCACACUGAAGCCAGCUGCUGCUGAGAACAUCACUGAUGUCGUAGCAGCCAUUGCUGACCUGAUCCAUGUAAAGAUUCCCAGCAGCUAUGAUGUCAGCAGUGGGCCGGGAACUAUGGGCACCUUUAAGACCUCUGUGGAGCCACGUUCCCCAGCUUCUGCUCUUCAGCAGCCUAAUGGACCAGGAGCAACACGACCAGGCCAUCAACGACUGCAACUUCAGCAGAACCAUAACCAAAGUCUUGGUGGUGGUGGACAGCAGUAUAAGAAGGUGCAGGGCAGCCCAGGACGAAAGCAACAAUGGUGUGGACACUGUAAAGUGGUGGUCCUCGGUAACGGUGUGAGAAAAACUACCAAAGAUGAGCAAGGCAAAGCACAGGAGUUCCAGUUACGUUCUGAUGGGGGUUUGGUUUUCUGUAGUCACAGCUGUCUCAUUCUUCAUUCAUCGUCCUCACAGUCCAAUGGAAAUACGGAAACCAAGGCAUCUGUUGCUCGACUCCAAGAAAGCGCUUUGAAACAGAGUCCUUCCAAAGUCCAGCACCAGUACAGCAACAACAUGUCCUCUCUAGAUGUCCACUGCCUGGCGCAACUCCAGCCCAAGCCAUCCUCCCCGCACAUGGUUUUCAACCCGGCCAGGCCGAUGCAAAUGAUCAAGACAGAAUCCAAACCUGAAAGCAUAUCGGAGAACCAUUUGAAAGUGACCGUUAAACUGAAACCCCAUUUGCAGAACCCAACCGCAGCAGACAAACCGUGGCAUCACGGCAAGCGCUGGAAAGGCCUGCGUUGGCGAAAAUGGAGCGUGCAGAUUGUAAUACCAAAAUCUGCAGGCCAAACAUCUGAGGCUGAAGUGCAGGAACACUUACAGCAGCUCAACUCAUCCCUGCGGCCUUGCGCUACCACCCAAGAUCAUCGUCGGUGCUGUUUCUGCCAGCAAAUUGGCGAUGGGCUGACAGAUGGUCCUGCCAGGCUGCUGAACCUGGAUUUGGACACCUGGGUGCACCUCAACUGCGCCCUCUGGUCCUCCGAGGUCUAUGAGACACAAUCUGGCGCCCUGAUCAACGUAGAAAUGGCACGUCAGCGCGGGCAAACCGUGAUCUGUGCUUUCUGCCAACGUUUAGGAGCAACGAGCGGCUGUCACCGCCUGCGCUGCCUUAACAUCUACCACUUCACCUGUGCGCUGCAGGCUGGCUGUACGUUUUUCAAGGACAAGACCAUGCUGUGCCACCAGCACCGGCCACGGGGAGCCAUAGCGGCCGCUUGCCUUCACUUAGACCAGCAGCUGCGAUGUUUCUCCGUUUUCCGCCGUGUCUUCGUUCAGCGAGACGAACUGCGACAGCUGGCGGCAGCCGUGCAGCAGCCGGAGCGCGGCCACACCUUCCGCGUUGGUAGUUUGCUUUUUCACACGAUGGGUCAACUACCACCUACCUUGCUGCAAACGUUCCAUUCGUCUACAGCCAUCUUUCCACCUGGCUAUGAAGCGAGCAGACUUUACUGGAGUAUGAGGCACGGUCAGAAGCGCUGCCGAUACGUCUGCUCGGUGGAAGAGCACGAGGGGCGUCCAGAGUUCAGCAUCCGCGUCAUAGAGCAGGGAUAUGAAGAUCUGGUGCUGACGGACACCACUGUUAAAGGAGUCUGGGACAAGGUACUUGGGCCGGUGGCAGAGAGGCGUGCAGAGACGGGGAUGCUGAGAUUAUUCCCUAUCUAUCUAAAGGGGGAGGAUCUAUUCGGACUGACCAUCUCAGCGGUCACCCGCAUUGCUGAAUCGCUGCCUGGUGUAGAGGCCUGCUCAAGGUACCGAUUCCGUUAUGGACGUAACCCCAUGUUGAUGCUACCAUUGUCAAUCAAUCCAUCUGGCUGUGCGCGUUCUGAGAUGCAGACCUUCCCCCAUCAUGAGAGGGUGAAGAUUCUCUCUGUGUGGAGCAGAACAUCACACUGCAUCCAGAACACAGCUGCACUGGAGAGCGUAUCAUCUCACACCAAGCACUUUGUGCACUCAAAGUCAUCUCAGUACCGUCGGCUGAUUAGCGAGUGGAAGACCAAUGUUUACCUGGCCCACUCACGCAUCCAGGGUCUUGGACUAUUUGCGGCACGUGACAUUGAGAAGCAGACCAUGGUGAUUGAAUACAUGGGGGAUGUUUUGCGCACCGAGGUGGCCAUGAGGAAGGAGCUGCUGUACAAGGCUACGAACCGUCCAGUUUACAUGUUCCGCAUCAACACCGAGCAGGUUAUCGAUGCAACACGCUCUGGCAGCCCUGCAAGGUACAUCAAUCAUUCGUGUUCACCGAAUUGUGUGGCUGAGGUCGUGACGUUCGAGCGGGGAUAUAAGAUUAUCAUCAAUGCAGCUCGCAGGAUUGAGAGGGGAGAGGAGCUGUGCUAUGACUAUAAACUCGCCCUGGUUGAAGAUCAGAGCAAGAUCCCAUGUCACUGUGGAGCCGCCAACUGCCGCAAAUGGAUAAACUGAACACAAGUUCGACUCCUUCCCAUAACAAGGUGCCAAUUUUCCGGAGGAGACUCGAGCUUUGAAACACAUUAAAUGAAGUUGGUCGUAAAAAGCUAAUAUUUGGGGUUUUAACGGAUGAUGAUUUUUUUUAAACGUGCAAAACCGAGAGGAAAUACACAAAGCGAGAAUACAGCAUUGUGUGAGAGCCAUUCGUAUCAUUUUCUUGACUUGAAAGGAAAAGGUUUCCGUUAUGUGCUUGUGCCACGAGGUCGGUGUGUGUGUGUGUGUGUGUGUGCCUGUGUGUCUGUGAACAUUUAGGUUUGUACGUUUGAAUGCGUGUACGCGUGUCAGAUUUCACCAGCGAAUGAGGAAAGCGAGCGAGAGAGGGAGCACUGUGCCGGGUAAUGCCUUAUAGGUUGAAAGAGGGGCAGACCCAUCUGUAUGAUGUGAUCAACAGAGACUGUACCGUAGAAAUCAAUGUAGAACAUCACUGAAAGGAGAAUGUACGGAAUUGACUUCCGCAAAAGGGAAAAAUAUGUUGCACUAAAAAAAAGAAAGAAAAAUAAUAAUACAGAAGAAAAUGAACUCACAAAAAAAACUCAAAAAUACUUGAUUCCAUGAGUCAGUUUUAACCUAGAUAUCUCUCAUUGUUUAGUGUAAGAAUAUAAAGGUGUUUUGUAUUUAUUACUGUGUGAGUGAAUGAAUGGGCCUAUUUUUAAAUGCGGUUUUAUGCCGAUAAAAACGACGCCUGACUGCGAUUCUUGUACGCAGUUUGAGGUUCUGUUACAUCUGUAAAUAAGCUGUAAAUAGAGAGAAAUAUCAGAAUGAUUGACCAAAUACUACCUUAUUCGCUAUCUUAUUCAUGUCGUUUAGAUAUUUUAGAUGUGCUUGUUUUGUUUUGCUUUUUUCUUGUUUCUUUUACUCUUUAAAAAUUAUUUAACAAAGACACACCAUGAUACCCUUUUCAGAGGACAUGUGUAAUUAUGAUAUUGUACAGAAUUACUAAGGUCAUUUCACAAGAAAUGUAUUUUCUCUGUGCUUAGAAUGUGGUAUUGUAGUGACUUUGUGCUUUAUACAUUAUUGCGGAUCAUUUUUUUUCCAUUUUAUUCCAUUUUAUGUUACAGAUGACAGUGACACGUUUGCCAGAGAAAAUAGAAAUAAAAAUACAUUUUCGUAAAUCAGGUUGGAUAUAGAUGUAGGAUAACUGUGAAAUGAACUUUAAACCUCACAUACCGAAUAUUAAUGAACUGGCACAUGAUAACCCAUUUCGUAUGGAUUUCAUAAACAUGCAAGGACUUUCUCCGUAUGGUAUGAUACUUUGCUUAUUAAGGUCAUUAUGAGUUUUGGGUGGGUGUAAUUCUCUAAAAAAUUAUGUACAUAUGAAACAUAUGCUUGUAUUAGUUGAAUUGUUUGAAGUGGAGCAUCUGUUAAGAAAAACGCUAUUCAUUUUGUAGCCAAAAAAACUUGUUUUUCACAUUUCACAUGCCUUGAUAUUUCAAUUUGGGAGUUUUUCUGUGUGCACAAUUUCACGUUGAAAAAUGGACAGUUUAGACUUUGUAUUGUACUGGGCAUGAAUUUUUUUCAAAAGAGUCGGUUGUAUAUAUUUUUUCUCAAAUGAACAGCUGUAACAAAAUUGUUUCAUGGAUAUUUUCCUUGUCUUGUAAAAUACAUCAAUUUCCUAGUGUUUUUUUUUCUUUUGCUCUAGUAGUCUAAAUUGUUUUGGAAACUGAAGCUUUUUUGAAGUACACAGAGCGAUAUAGGGUUUGGUAUUUGAGGAACUGAAUUUACAUUUACAAAAAAAAUAAUAAAAUAUUUUACAUCAUUAA